AGAGAAGGUGCAGUUGCGAGAUACCAAGAGUUUGUCUUUCGUCAGCCAACUGAUUUGACUCGAAAAUCUUCCGUCGUUGUUCGUUUGGCGUACAAGCUAGUGGGAAAAAGUAUUACAAAAACGCGUUUGCCUAGGACAAGCGAGUGGAAAAUCGAAGUUAUUCUUGAUACCGUGGUUUUGGCGUUGUUCGAGGUAGCUUUUUGAAUUCUGUUACGCCGGAUAUCAUAACUCUACACUUUCGGGAAGAAAAGCCCACCGUAACGAGUUGGAAUUUUGUAACCUGUACUUUGGAGAAUUGUGGAACAAAAGGAAGGGAAAAGAUGUCGGAUACGGCGGAACCCGCUCCAGCAGCCCCAACGACACCAGCGGCAGAGGAAGUAGCUGCCCCGGUAGAGCCUGAGGUUAAAACACCGACCAAACGGACUCCAUCCAAGCGCAAGGAUGCUUUCCAACGUGAAAGCGAGGAACUGCUGAAAACCAUGGGCAUUGAUCCGAACGAGGAAGGGGGUAGACGGCGUACCCGAGCCAGUACCCGCGGUACUCCAACAACACCAGCUACUCCACCGGCCAAAAAGGCUGCGGCAAGCACUCCCUCGGGUCGAGGUCGCGGACGAGGGAAGAAAAAUGACGGAGAGGAUGCGUCGCCGGAGUCCGAGACCAAAACGCCAAAGAAACGAGGACGGCCGGCCAAGAAGGAGGAAGAGGAAGUUGAAGAAACCGGAGAAUCCAAGACCGAGGAAAGCAAUGCAAAUGACGAGGAUGAACCCAAAGAAAAGCAAGCUAAGUUAGACGAAGUGGACUCUAAGGCAAAUGAAAACGAAGUGCAUGAGGAAACUGAGCAAAAGAAGGUUGGGGAAGAUAAGUCGGAGAAUGUCGAGAAAGCCGAAAAUGUAACUGAGGAAAAGGUCAAAUCAGACCCGUCACCCGAACCGGAAAAGAUGGAAGUGGACAGUGCUGAUACUAAGGAAGAUCAAGAAGAACGACUGCUACCUGAAUCAGUUGAAGAAGCCAAAUCCGAAAACACUGAAACCACGGAAUCGGCAGUUCAACAAGAACCACUUAAGUCAGACGAUAAACCUGAGCAGAUUGCUGAAGAAGUUGAUGGGAAUUGCAGUUCAGCUGCCACCGAAGCUUCCACUGCCAACAGUGAACCUGCACCUGCUGUUGAUGAAACUCCCGCAUCUGUCGAAACAGAGCCAGAAGCGGCACCUGUGGCCUCCAUCGUUGAAGAACCGCUGAAGAACGACGAGGUCAACGCCGUGAAAAACGGAAGCUCGGAGGCGGAUUCGGUCCAGAAUGAAUUUGCGCCUGUUUCGGUUGAAAACAACGUCGAGGAACCUAAAAUAGAUUGUAGCGCAGAGCCGAAGAUCGUGCCCUCGGAGGUGACACCAGAGGAGUCGGCGGUAGCACAGUAAGCAGUGGCCACCGGAAGAUCACACUCUUCAGUUGGAAUUUCCUCCCGUCAUUUCUCUCGGAUGGAAGGGCACCUGUAAUCACACAAAAACACACAGCAGCACCCACGAAUUGAUCAUCAUUAUCUGCAUUGUCGUCUUUCUUUUUCGUUCAGCAAUAUUCCCCUGAUUCACCGACAACCCUUUUGAUCAAAAGUCAGGAAUCCUGUAAAUGCAUUUUCGCCCCCCAGCCCAUGGGACGCCAUUCUCUGUUAUUCCCAACCAAGCUGAUACUUGCAGCAAGUCAAGUAUCGGAGAACGUUUACAGAUGAUUGUAAAAAAACCAUCAAACUUUGCAAUGGUUAAACUUUGUAGCAUUGCUUGUUUUAUUCAGCAUCAUAACUCGUUUUAAAAUUCCGGACCAUUUGAAUUAUUUCGUUCCAUUAAGACACCAAGAUAAAUUAAGGACAAAACAAUUCAAUCUGAACAUAAAGAAAGAUGUAAAAUAUAUAAAACUUGAACUGUACAACAUAUAUCUAUCAAUUGAUAAGCAACCGUUUUUUUGGAUAGUGUUUUAGAAAAUAUGGAUGUUUAAUUUUCUGAUCGGUCGAAGGAAGAACAGAAAAAUCAGAAUUUAUUGUCAAAUGACAAACUUGUAGUGCAAGUUGUUAAUAAAUCAGUAGCAAAUCUAGACCUUGUAACGAUAGCUGCUAAGAUCACAUCUCCUUAACACGAUGUAUGUUGAAAGAGUUUUUGCUUUAGAUGAUAGGACGCUAUUUAAUUUAUGUUUUGAUGCCUUGCUGUUGAGCGACUGUAUAAAAACAUUAUUGAAUUAUAAGAAACUUUCUCUCGAGAUAGUAAAGCAGAAAACAUCCGUCGCACUGUGGUCGCUUGGCUAUUUUAAUAAUGCUACUGAUUUGAGAACAUUUUUAAAUUGAUUUCUGUUAGUGUACUGAUCUGAUGCAAAAUUCCCACCAAACAAUCAUUUCAAAAGUUUUGUGGUUCAAAUAAGGUUGGAUGAAAAUUCGCAAAACACUCAAAAGAACAAACUCAAGCGGAAAGUAAAGACUUUCAGUGCAUAUAUUUUGUUGUCCUUGACUUUCCCGAGUCGUCUUGUGGGCAGAAACCACACAGAGAUCUAUCCUUCACUCACCGUACAUAUACAUAUGAGGAAAAGAAAACUUGCUAACACCGAGCGCCGAUUGGUUGUUUGUGUGCAGUAAACUUGAUAAAAUAUAAAUAAAUAUGAAAAGAGAAAACUGAAAUUGUUGCAUGCAACAUAAAAUGAAAUCUUUUUAACUAAUGUAUAGGUUUAUUUUAUUAUUGUGUCGUGAAUGAGACCGUGGAAGAUGAGAUGAUAAAUAUAAAACUAUGGACAAACGAAAA